AUGAACGAAGUCGCGAUCCUCACAUCCCCAAACUCCCCUCUCACAUUAAGAAUCCUCCCCAUCCCCAGACCUUCCGCCUAUGAACUCCUAAUCAAAGUCUCGCUUGUCGGCAUCAAUGCUAUUGAAGCUAAGAUAGCCAAACGUAGCACCCCACCACCGCCUUCCUACCCUUUCAUCCCAGGCUCUUCCUACACGGGCACAAUCUCGGCUGUCGGUUCCCAAGUCACGAAGUAUCAAAUUGGCGACCGCGUUCUCAUUAGCAAGAGAUUCAGUACACAGGGAAACGCAUAUGGCGCGUAUCAACGCUACGUCCUCGUUACUGCGGAGGAGAAGAUGGUGGUUAGGCUACCGGAAGGCAUGAACAAUGAUGAACAAGCAGCGUUAGUAGCGUUGAUAAUGAACGCGAGUUGUGUCCCCGGUCUCUUCUCCGGGCGGCUGGGAUUGCGCAAGCCAGGUGAUGAGGUCCAAGAAGGCGAAGAAAGAGAAAAGAUAUUGAUAUACGGCGGAAGUUCCAGUUUCGGCCGUUUAGCAGUGCAGUACCUCAGAUGCGCAGGGUACGAUGUUGUCACCACGUCUUCACCACAGCACAUGGGUACUGUAUGUGAGCUCAGUGGAAGUGAGGGUAACGUCAUCGACCACACACUUCCACCCGACCAAAUCAUCGCAGAUAUCAGAGCGCGUGGACCAUACGAUGUCGUCGUGGACAUGGUAUCCACUCUCUCAACUAUCCCUAUAACAAGCCGCGUUCUGGAGGCGCAAGGUGGCGGAAAGCUCUUCGCCACACAACCUGCGUUCAGUCUUGAGAACUUACCAGAGGGUGUAGAGAGGGUGUUUGAACCGUGGUCAGACUCGUUGUACGAGGAGGGGAAUGAAGGACUGAUGGAGUGGGUUGUGGGGACGUAUUUACCGUUUGGCAUGGAGAAGGGGUGGAUGAGGCUUAAAGAGCGUUGA